AUGGGUAUCUCUCGCGCUGCCUGGGUUCUGGCCUUCGCCAUCCAGCCUUUCCUAGGCGGAGCUUUACCUACCCCACCUGGAAUCCCAUCUGCCUCUACCGCAAGGAGUGAGCUAGAAGGUUUGACCGUUGCUGCACAGGGAUCGCAGGAUGGAUAUAGCCGUGAAGAAUUUCCGCACUGGAUUACUAUCAGCGGAGAUUGCAACACACGCGAAACAGUCCUCAAACGGGAUGGAACCGACGUGGUCCAAAGCUCCAGCUGCGGUGCCACUAGCGGAUCCUGGCUUUCUCCGUAUGAUGGCGAGACGUGGACAGCUGCAAGUGAUGUCGACAUUGAUCACGUCGUCCCGCUAUCGAAUGCAUGGAAGUCUGGCGCGUCCAGUUGGACCAAAGCAGAUCGGCAAGCCUUCGCCAAUGACGUCGAGAACCCCCAGCUCAUAGCAGUCACCGACAACGUGAACGCCGCAAAGGGCGACAAAGGCCCAGAAGACUGGAAGCCUCCCCUAGCUUCAUAUUACUGCACCUAUGCCAAAAUGUGGGUCAAGGUGAAAUCGGUUUAUGAUCUUACCAUCACGUCGGACGAGAAGGCUGCUCUUGUUGAGAUGCUAGAUACUUGUUGA